AUGGCUAUCAGUAUUAGAGGUUGGCUCCGAGGGAUAGUUGGAGGUGGAAAUGGCGGUGAACGUUUAGGAAACGCGAAUGUAGCAUACCAACCAGUGGAGGGUAACACAACCAUGCCUGGUGGGUACGCUCAAGCUUCUCCCCCAGCAUCCAUUCUUCCAACAGCAUCUUUGAGAAGCACCGCUUCAGGUGGAUACACUAGGCAAGGAAGCGCGGAGUCAUUUGGUGCAGAAUCACUAAGAUGGCUCCAGUUUCUAAUCAUUAAGCCCAUUAUUAUAUUGUUACAACUUAUAUUCCGGAUACUAGCUAAAGUGCUUAACAUCAUAUACUUCCAAGAUGGCACUUCUGCGGGCCAGAACGGCAUAUUGCGGGGAAAUGUGGGUGGUAGAGGAGCAAUGGGCUCUAAUGUAAGGGUCGGAAGGAGUAGAAGCGGGUUGACAUCACAGCUAAGAAGGUCCGCCGCAGUGCUUCCUCACAAUUCUUCCUCUUCUUCAUUAUCGCCCAAUUGCGAUCCAAUAGACAAGGUGAACAAGUUUGUAUGCGAGUUGGAAGAUAAUCUAACGCUAGAACAGUUGCACAACCAGCAAUACAGCACCAUAGAUGGCAACAAUAGCAGUAAUAAUACCAGCACUGUGCUCCCACCCUUCUACCAAGGAAGCUAUACACAAGCACUUUACAUGGCCACCAGCAGAGCCAAGUUCUUAUACGUGUACUUGACCAACUCCAAAAACGAAAACUCAUCGAUAAUAUUUGAAAAAAUUGUAACAAACCCAGAGUUUACUAAUAUUUUCAACUCCAAUAACCCAGACGUCAUCAUAUGGGGAGGAGACUUGACCAACCCUGAGGCAUACCAGCUUGCUAAUAGUCUCAGUUUAACUAAAUUCCCAUUCUUGGGAAUUUUAUGUCUCACCAGGUCGACUAAUAUGACACCACAGGGCCCUACGAAGACGCUGCCUCGAAUUUCUUUGAUUCUGAAGAUUCAAGGUGGUAUUAACCCAAAUGUUAACCCCAGCACAAUAAUAGAUAGCAAAUUUAUAAAGAAAAUGGCUCGAUACGCCCCGGAACUCGCAAGUAUCAGGGUUGAAUUACGGGAAAAGUUCAUGAACAGAGCUAUUUUGAAGCAACAGAACAUGAAUUAUGAAAUGUCGUUGGCUCGCGAUAAGCUUAAGAAACAAGAAAAGCUAGACGAACAACGGAAGGGGGUAUACUACCAGUGGAGAUCGAACUACUUCCGCAAGCUAAUUGCAGAGGGUAGCGAUAACCACAAUGGUCAAGUAGACAAAGCUAGAAUCGCGAUUAAACUCAAGAACGGUGAAAGAAAGACUUUGUACUUUCCCAGCGAAAGCGAUGUGCGGGACAUCUUUGAGUUUACAGAGAUGUGCCAGCGUGGCUUACUAAACGAUGACGAUUCUGGUGACGCUGCCAAUGUUGAGGAAGAGGAUUGGUUCGACGAGUUCAAACCGAGUUUCAAUUUCAAGCUUGUUUCUCCGUUACCACCUAAAGUAACCAUCAAUGAAUAUCUUGCUGAUAACGCUGGCGUGAUGAUUAAGAAUAUAGCAUGUGUGUAUCCAAAUGGGCUUCUCAUUGUGGAAGAUUGA